GGCCUCGCCGCCGCCACCAGCCUCGCCCAAAAAGGCCACCACCCAACCAUCCUCGAAAGCGCGCCGUCCCUCAACGAAUUCGGCGCCAGCAUCGGCAUCCUCGCCAACGGCGUCCGGCCGCUCAAAGCCUGGGGUCUCGGUCCCGCCUUCGAGAAAGUCGUCACCAAGAACCGGUAUCUGGAGUUUAGAUCUGCCUACACGAACGAGAUGCUCGGCCGGAAUCCGCACAACGAGAAGGGCUUCUCCGUCGUCGGGUACGGGGAGGAGAUUUGGAAUAUUAACCGUGUGGAUUAUCAGCAGGUUCUGGCUGAAGCGGCGGGUGGGAGUGGAGCGAAGAUUGUGUUUGAUGCGAAGGUGCGGCAGGUGGAUGUCGAGGGGUGUAUGGUGAAAUACGCAGAUGGGAGGGAGUUCCACGGGGACGUGAUCAUCGGCGCGGAUGGGAAUUCCUCCAUCGUGAGGGCGUCCAUCCCAGCGACUGCACACGUCAAGCCCCAAGCGUGGGAGGAGCAGUGUUUCCGGUGUACGGUGCCGAAGGAGAAGAUGCGCGGGAACCCUCAACUAGAGUGGUUACUCGACGUCGGGAACGAAUUCGUCUGGACCGGCGAGGGGAAGUACAUCCUCACCUGGCCCUUACCCGACCACCGGCCCUACGAUGUUGUCUGCGCGAUCCAAGGCCCCAGCGACGUCCCCGCCGGCCGCUGGGGCAUGCGCGCCGACCCCGAGGAAGCCCGCGCGGGCUUCGAAGACUUCUGUCCUCAGAUGAAGGCGUUGCUCGCGCAUAUCGAGACGGCGGUGAAGUGGACGCUCUGCGACCUCCCGCCGCUGGAGACUUGUCGGAGCCAGAAUGGCCGUGUCGUUUUGAUCGGCGAUGCUUUCCACGCUAUGAUUCCGCACUCUGCCAGUGGCGGGAAUAGUGCCAUCGAAGACGCGGCGUGUAUAGCUGAGUGUCUCGACUGGGCGUACAGGAAUGAUAAACCCAUCUCUCGAGCGACGCAGGCUUUCGAGACGCUGCGCAAGCCCCGGGUCGAGAGAAUGCAGCAGGCGAGUCGGGAGGGGUAUGAUUUCUUGGGGGCGAAGGGGGAUUUCCUACCUAUCCGUGACCAGGCGCUGAAG